AUGGCCAUCGUCCUCCGCCGCUCCUCCCAUGGCCGCCGUCCUCCUCUGCUCUCCCCUGGACGCAUCUCCCCUGCAUCCCCUUCCCUCACGCAGGAACCGCCUCGAGCGACCCGUCCGCCCUUCCCUGGACACUCGCCGGCGACCAGACGGCUGGGAAUUGGAUAUCCUCGACCCAGCCGACCACCCACCGCCGUGCAGAAGCCCCCAUGGCCGCCGCCGUCCGUCGCGCUUGCCCUGCCCUGUUCUGGUCGCCGCUCGUCGCCGUGUCUCUCCUUCCCUAUUCACCGCUCGCCGGCAACCCUCCCCUGGCCGCCGCCCUCUGCUACCCUUUCCAUGGCUGCCGACCGCCGCCGCAUCUCCGCUGGCCGCCGGCUGGCUCCUCCAUGA